ACUUCAGAUGAGUUUUAGCCAUAACUCUACUUAUCUUAAAUUAGCAUAUGCAGCCAGCAAAACCUCUUCCCGUGUUAACUAAAUGAGUCACUUCCUGUCCCCAGAUGUACCUCUCUCUCCAUCCCAACACAACAGUCACAUUUCUCACAGAUGUAGGAUCAAGCAAAACCUGUAAAAUGUUACUACUUCGGGUUGUUAUCUUGGCUUUGGUUUUGUCUUAUGGUGUAAGUGCACAAAUACAUCUGAGACAAGCUAAGUUCUCCGUUACCAGGGCAGAAGAUAAAACUGCACAUAUAGACUGUGAAGCUUCUGGCAUUCAGAACUUCGGGAAUGCUGUUAUACACUGGUAUCGACACAGACCUGGAGAAGCUCUGGAGUGGAUACUAUACUUUAAAACACAAGCUGAUAAAUCAAGUUUUGACAAGAAGUUUAGGGUUGACAAGACAACUGAAAAGUCCACCUGUACUCUAAGAGUAGACAAACUAACCUACAAUGACGCAGCUACCUAUUACUGUGCCUACUGGGAUCGCACAUAUGGAGUAAAGUACUUUGGCUCGGGCACCAAACUAGUGGUUUCAAGCACACCAGCACAUUUAAAUUCCACCACAAUGCAGGUCCUGCCUCCUUCUACUGAACAAGAUGAGAAAGUAUCAUACAUGUGCCUCAUUGAGAAUUUUCACCCAAAUGUUAUUAAGGUGACUUGGGAAGAUGAGAACAAGAAUGAAGAGAAAAAUGGAGUGCAUGAGGAAAUUUGGCCCCCUGGUGACAAUCAACAGUCAUACUCAUUGAGCAGCUGGCUGACCGUAGAUAAAAAUAGUGGCAAGAAUUAUCGCUGCAAAUAUGAACAUGAAAUCAAAGGAGAUUAUGUUCCUAUGGAAUCUCCAGACACAACUGUAAUGCCUCAAACCACCAGAGGUUGUAUCAAGUUUGCUGAGAAUGAUACCACGCUUUCCACAGAUAUUAUGGAGAGUUUCAUACACAGGACGGCGUAUUUCAUAUAUAUUGUCCUACUCCUGAAAAGCACCAUGUACUACGUCAUCGUACUCUUCUUCAUAUACAGGAUGCAAAGUCCAAUCAAGCGCCAGGGAAAGAAACCUGUAGAGGGGCAAACAAUGGAUGUAUUCUGUGAAACUUCCUGCUGUCGCACUAACAUCAGUACAGCCCCACCAAGGACACCAAGUGCAGCAGUGCUAGUGUCACUUAAACCUGCUCAGAGCAGGUCUAGAAGACAUGGUGGUAACAUGCCAGUGAAUGCUAUUGCCCUCACUACACCAGUUCUCCCAUGGCUCACCAGUGAAGAUUCAUCAGAACUAUUGCAAUGCUGGGAGAUAUUCCCAAUAAACUCUUGGUUAGUAGACAAGCCCUUUGACACAACCGCCUGUACAUUUGGGAGGAACCUCUCUCUCUAUACAGAAACAAAACUCAAUUCCAACAAGAUCCAGGUCCUGACUUCCAUUACUGAAAAAGAUGGGCAAAUAACACACAUAUGCCUCAUUGAGGAUUUUUACCCAAAUAUUAUUAAAGUGACUUGGGAAGACGACAAGAAGAAUGAAGAGAAAAAUGCAGUGCUUGGGGAAAUUUGGCCCCCCAAUGACAAUCGACAAUCAUACUCAAUGAGCAGCUGGCUGACCCUAAAUAAACCUAGCAACAAGAAUUAUCGCUGCAACUAUCAACAUGAAAAAGAAGCAGGUUUUGUCCUUACCAAAUCUCAAGACACCACCAUAGUGCCUCAAACCACAGCAGACUGUACCAACAGACUUUUCACAGUGAGUUUCAUGCACAGGACAGCAUAUGUAAUAUACAUUGCCCUUCUCCUGAAAAGCACCAUGUACUAUGCCAUCGUACUCUUCUUCAUGUACAGGAUGCAAAGUCCAAUCAAGCGCCAGGGAAAGAAACCUUAAACUUCUUCUUGCACCUUCCAAACUCAGCAUUUUUGUCUGAAAUGUACUUUGCUUUGCCAUAAGCCUGUUCAUAUGAAACACUUUGCUCUAAAUAUCAAGACAUGCAUUUCAAUUUGAUUUUGUUAGUUUAUUCUCUAGUUAGCACAGAUGGCUUCUUCUGCUUCAGAGCGAACAGUUUUAGAUGUGUUCAUUUUUUCUAUUUUAUUAUUUUAAUGUUGUAACUGUGGAACUUAAAGGGCUCCUUGAUUUCAAUGGGAAUUUUGCAUCACAAAGCAGUGCAGGAUCAGUCUCUUAGGCUCUUAUCCUGCAAAAACACUUGUGCACACGAACAACUUUUUGGAUGUGGAUAGGCCGACCGCAUUCAGGGAAGUCAAUGGAAAAAAACUCACUGCUGUAAUCAUUAGCAGGCAUGGAGUCCUAAUCUGUAAUUUAAAAUGAUUUGUCAUUUCAUUUCUAUUAAUUUCGUUUAUUUCCUUUAUAAAACAAAAACAGGCUUUGAAAUAUGAGUAAUUGUUUUUAAAAAAUUGAAGGAUUAAUGUAUUUUAAAUAAAAUUCAGCAUUACAAA